AUAAAUGAAUAAAAAUCCAAAAGUAAAAGAAUGUUUGACUUCUCGAUUAUAAUAAUAAGAGUGUUGUAAAUUGUAAGGACAUGAAAAUAAUUUGAUUAAAUUUGUUUGUGCUUGUCAUGAAUGUCCAUAUCGUUAUUAGAAAGCAUGUGCACAUUGUGUAAUAAAAUUGCAUGGGAAACAUGUAGAAGAAAUGAAAGAAAUUGAUGAGUUUGAUGAGUUAAUGAAUGAGAAUAGUAAGAAAGCAAAGAGUUUGAUGAAGGAGAGUGAGGAACUGAUUUAGUAAUUGAAAAAUCCAUUUUAGAAUUUCUUUGAAUAAUUGAAAUAAUAAUUAAAUGAGAUAAUUGAUAGUGUAUAAUAACGAUAUCUAUUAUAAAAUAGAGAGAGAGCGUAAUAACUAAUAAGGAAUGAAUUAGAUUUCAUAAAUUAAUUCAAUUAGAAUGUAUUUUCUAAAUAGAAUCGAUAUUUAAAUGAUCAUUCUUUAAAAUAAUAUACUACUUCAUUAAAGAUAGCUUAAGAGAAAUUAAACAAUGCAUUUUAAUUAUUUGAAUUGAAAUAACUAUUGGAAUCCAAUUUAAUAAUAUUGAUUGAAGAUUUUGGAAAGAGUAAUGGAAUUAGCAAUAUUACUAAUACUAGUAGAAAUAUGAGUCAAAGACAUAGUAGUUGUCAUAAUAUGAUGACACCAAGAUCAGCAUUAAAUGUGUUUAAUCACAAUAUUAGUGUGGCUAGAUCAAAGAAAAUUAGAAAUUGAU